AUGUCAUCUUUCCACUCUGCCACCACUGGUAAACAUGCUCACCAUAGAAUUGCUGUUUCUUCAACUGACGGUUGGUUGGGUAAUGUCGUUGCUAGAAAUUUCCUUUUGGAAGCUGGAAAAAUAGUCACAAUUCGUUGCAUGGCUCAAGAUACCAAAACAAGACCAAUCAAACAAUUAGAACAUCUUGGUGGUGAAAUUUACAAAAUCGAUUAUGAUAGAACUGAGACAAUUGAAGACGCUUUACAUGGAUGUGGUUACUUGGUGUUUCUCAUUGAACAUGAUAAAGAUCGUGUUAAAGAAGCUAAGAUUUUAGCUGAAGCUGCUAAAAGAAAAGAUGUUGAUAAUGUUAUUGUCAUUUCACUCGAAGGUUCUGAUGAAGAACGAUCAAAGACCCAUUCCGAUUUCAAUGAAGUGGAACGAAUCUUUUGCGAAACUGCAAAAAAUCCUGUAGUCCUUAGAUCUGCCUUCAUUCAACAAGGCGGAGAAAUCAACAUGACUCAACGUGAAACUGACGAAUUUGCUCCAAUACAUCUUGAUGAUCUUAAUACUGCUAUUUGUGCAUUAAUGUUACAAGAGGGUAAACUUCAACCAGGAUUAAAUAAACGACAUCAUCAUAAGAGUUAUACAAUAACUGGUCCUGAAACCUUAAAUGGAAAGGAAAUUUCCGAUAUUAUUAACAAAGUAGUUUCCAAAGGUGAAGUUGAAUAUCGUUCUGUGAGUCGUCAUAAUCUUGAGGAAUAUCUUCGAAAACUUGAUGAACGUGAUGAUGAUUGUGAAAGUGAUGAUGAAAUUCUUACUCAACGUGAUGCGGUAUAUCUCAUAUAUCGCGGUUUAUCCCUCUUACACGAUUCUUUGGCUGAUUUCUUUAAAGGAACUCAACAAACUUUAGAAUCAGGAAAAAUUACUUUCCGUGAGGGUCUUAAUAGAAUUGAAAACGCCGAAUUCCUUCUUAAUGAAUUUGUUAUUGAAAAUAAUGAAGAAAGAAGAAUUGUCCAAAAUCAACUUCGUAACAACCAAACAGAUGACAAUAUUCCACGACAAGUCUCAAGAAAUACAUUAAAUCAAUAUCUUCAACGUAGAGGACUUUGUGAUGAAGAUCAACGGAAUGUACGAGGUCAUUUAAUUGAUGGACAAGAAAAAGGACGAAGAGAUGUAAGGAAUGUACGGGGUUUAUUGUUUGAUAGUCAACUUAAUGGACGCAAUACACGAUAUGUUCGAAGAAGUCAAUUAUUUGAUAGUCAACUUAAUGGACGAGGAGGUCAAUUAUUUGAUAUUCAGAGAAACUCGCGAGAUGUUGAACAUCAAGUUAAAUUUGAAAGAACAGUUCUGGAAUUUGUUAAUGACUUAAAAGGUGUUAUAGAAAGAUUGAAACGCAUUGACCUUGAGAAACUCGAAGUUUUAGAUAACACGAAUAAAGCUAUUAUGAUAGGAAUUAUUAAAGAAGGGAUCGAAUCAAUUGAAGUUCUUGAAAGAAAUCUUGACGUGAUACCAUUCCUUAUCAACACCGCAAAUAAUCGUAGACGUUACCCCAAACCAUUCUUCCCUUUGAAAGGAAAAGCUCGUGCUACUGAUGACUACAAUAGAAUUACUGGCAAGAGAGCUUCAAAAAUUAAAACCUUCUUUGAGGACAACGCCAAUUGUUUCACUCCUCAUAGAAGGCAAAGAGACAUCGAUGAUCAAAUCAGAAAUAAUGAUACCGAUUUGAUUGUUAGAGGAAGGUCUCGCGCCAGUAGAUUGUAG